GGAGCGAACCCAACUAUUGGCCGACGCGAUUGAGGAAUAUCGGGAGUAACGUUACAUGAAGCCGACUGUUAACUUCAGGCUCUGUACACCACGCAAAGCCGGUUUACGUUAGUUAACGAUGACUACAUCGGGGUCCUUGGAUCGAAUGGAACUCUGUGAAAGCCUCUUGACAUGGAUCCAGACAUUUGGAGUGGAGGCUCCAUGCAAGAAAGUAGAAGACUUGACGAGCGGUAUCGUCAUGGCCCAAGCUCUACAGAAAAUAGAUGCUGUGUAUUUCGAUGACGUUUGGAUUAGUAGAGUCAAACCAGAGGUUGGAGACAACUGGAGGUUAAAGAUCAGCAAUCUGAAGAAAGUUCUAAAAGGCGUCCUAGACUAUAACCAGGAGAUCCUAGGCCAGCACAUCAACGACUUCACUCUACCAGAUGUCAACCUUAUUGGGGAACACUCUGAUCCGGCGGAGCUCGGGAGGAUGCUUCAACUUAUUCUGGGCUGUGCUGUCAACUGUGAACAGAAACAAGAAUACAUCCAGACCAUUAUGAUGAUGGAGGAGUCGGUGCAGCAUGUCGUCAUGACAGCUAUCCAAGAGCUCAUGAGUAAAGAGACUCCAGUGCCGGGCGGAAAUGACUCAUAUGUGGAUCUAGACAGACAGCUAAAGAAGACGGCGGAGGAGCUGAACGACGCUUUGUCGACUAAGGAAGAGAUUGCCCAGAGGUGUCGGGAGCUGGACAUGCAGGUCGCAGCGCUGCAAGAGGAGAAGAGCAGUUUGCUUGCCGAAAACCAGGUCCUGAUGGAGAGACUUAACCAGUCUGACUCCAUAGAGGACAUAAACAGCCCUGCGGGACGCAGACACCUCCAGCUGCAGACACAACUGGAGCAACUACAGGAAGAAACCUUCAGGUUGGAAUCGUCAAAAGAUGACUACCGGAUCCGCUGUGAAGAGCUGGAAAAGGAACUUGCGGAUGUGAAGUUGCAGAAUGAAGACCUCGCGUCUCUGGCCGAUGAAGCGCAGUCUCUCAAGGACGAGAUGGAUGUCCUCCGGCAUUCGUCGGACAAAGUGUCGAAGCUGGAGGGCACAGUGGAACACUACAAGAAGAAACUGGAGGACAUAGGACUCCUCAGGAGACAGAGUAAGCUUUUGGAGGAGAAGAACACGGUGUUAAUGCAGAGCAACGUCGGUUUGGAAGAAGAGCUACGGAAGGCGAAUGCUACCAAAGGCCAGCUGGAGACAUACAAGAGACAGGUGGUGGAACUUCAGAACAGACUGUCAGAAGAGUCUAAAAAGGCAGACAAGAUGGAGUUCGAAUACAAACGCGUCAAAGAGAAAGUGGACUCUCUGCAAAAGGAAAAAGAUCGUAUGCGCACAGAGAGAGACUCCCUGAAGGAGACCAUCGAAGAGCUACAUUGUGUCCAAGCCCAGGAGGGGCAGCUCACAUCAGGCUUGUUCCCGAUGGUCAGCAACGACGGCUCCGACUCGCUGGCCGCUGAGAUCACCAGCCCAGAGACUCGAGAACAUCUGAUUCGUCUCCAGCAUGAGAACAAGAUGCUGAAGCUGGCCCAGGAGGGAUCAGACAAUGAGAAGAUUGCACUGUUGCAGAGUCUCCUGGAGGAUGCCAACAGAAGAAAAAAUGAGCUGGAGACAGAAAACAGGUUAAUCAAUCAGCGCCUGAUGGAGGAGCAGAGUCAGGUAGAGGAGCUACACAAGAAUCUUCAAGAGCAGGGUUCUAAAGCGGAUGACUCUUCCAUCCUGAAGAAGAAAUACGAGGAGCACAUGGAGAAACUACGAGAGCUGAACAAUGAGUUAUUGAAGAAGAACGCUUUCAUCGACGAAAUGGAGCCCAAAUACAACACCAGCUCCCAACUAGUUGAGGAGCUGGAAGACGCCCUCAAGAAGAAAGAUGAAGAGAUGAAGCAGAUGGAGGAGAGAUACAAGAAAUACCUGGAAAAAGCCAAGAGUGUGAUCCGGACCCUCGACCCCAAGCAGAACCAGGGCUCAGGUCCAGAAGUCCAGGCCCUGAAGAACCAGCUGCAGGAGAAGGACAGGAUGUUGCACUCAUUGGAGAAAGAGAUGGACAAGACAAAAAUCCAGAGGGAUUACGAGGAGAAACUGAUCGUGUCGGCCUGGUACAAUAUGGGUAUGUCUCUACAAAAGAAGGCCGCUGAAGACAGACUUGCCAACACGGGUUCUGGUCAGUCCUUCCUGGCCCGGCAGAGACAAGCCACCAGCACACGCCGCUCCUAUCCAGGCCACGUCCAGCAAUCUACCACAAGGUAGAUGGCAGCCAGGCCGGGAAAAGAAAAUGAAACAAACUCUCACAAAAAUCCCCUGAAAUUGCAUACGAUGGAUGUGCCUUUUUUGAGGCACGCUGUUGGCUAAUUAUUGCUAAGGGACGUCUUGUUUUCCUGCGUUUCGCCUAUUGAUUUUCUUUUUUGUCUUUUUGAUCAGAUCCAUGAGGUAGAGAUGCCACGCAAGGCGGCCCAAAAUAUCCCACCAUCACCCCCCCCCCCCCCCCCCCCCCCCCCCCCCACAAAGCAUAUUUUACCCAGUUCUGAGACGCCAGGCUCCAACCCCAUUCAAUAGGGUCUGACUGAUUGCCCCAAACGUCCCGUCUACCUCCCUCUCACCCACUGACCGUCCUUAAGUUGUAUUCUGGGGCAAACCUUGGUCAGGCAAAUCAUUUGGACCCAAAGGCAGAGAAUAAUUGCGUCUUCUUGACAAGUUUCUUCUCGAACCAUUUCUGGUUAGAGGAACUGCUCAGGCCUGUUCAUGGCGUAUUUACACACAUCCCUCCCCGUCAGAGCGUUCAAGGUCUUUAUUUUCCUCUUUCGAAUAGAGUUGACAAACUGAAAAACAACAAAAAAGAUGACACAGGACAAACACAGUUAAGAGGCUAUCCUGCCGCGUCAUUGUCAUUCUAUUUAAUUUUUAAUUUAGAUGCAAUAUUGAGCAAGAAAUAUGUAGGAAGAUGUAAAUACAUCUCAUGUAACUGUCCCGUUUUCUUUCUGAAUGGUUAUACAUAAGGUAACUGUUGGCUUCUUAACCGUGCAGCAAUAAUUGUGAAUGGUAAUUUCCCCCGAGAAGAAGCUUAAAGUUACUGCUUAAGCUGUUGAAGUUUGAUCGAGAGUCCCAAUCGUCAAUAAGCCGAUUUGUGGCAGAGUUUCCUACAUCACUGUGUGGACUGGCUUUCAUUGUCGUCCUUAAGAAGCAAAUGGAAUGAAUCCGUUCAAAUAGUCGUAGCUUCACCAGGUUGUCUCAGACAACCGCCAUGUCCCAUAGUGUUACACUCUGAUACAUCGCUGCACAGACAGAAAUGGGUUAGGGGAAAGAUCUAGUCGUGACAGUUUUAGAUCCUGAGAUGGGGAUCCGGAUUGCAGAUCCCUUCCUGCUAAUAAGUCAUUCAAGAGAAUGUGUUUAAGCGGAGUAGCUUUUUGACGCUGGCCUCCCUUCCAUAUCCUUUUAGGAUCUAUCUUCACUAGGUUUGCUUGUUGCUGCUGUUCCAGUCCUUUCUUUAACCCCUUUGUUUACAUUAUCAUUGUUUUAAGCCACAUUACGUAUGAUGAUCUCUCAUUGACGGACCUUUUCGAUGCCUUGGACAUCACCCAGUUUGUUUGCUCGUGCGUGUGUGUGUGUGUCUGUGUGUGUGUGUGUCUCAAUCAAGGCCAGAAUCUCAAGCUAACGAACGCCGCCGUCUGACCUCUUUGUCUCUCUCUCUCUUUCCUCCCUCAACAGCAAUGCCACUGCAUGACCGGCUCACCAAUGACCUGGCUAAGCCUAGAGUGGCCCGGCUCGGCCCCUUACGAUGGGCUAGACCCGAGGCGCACGAUGCAUGAACUACCUGCCUGCCUACUGUUUGCAUGACUUUGAGUCUGCGAAUAACCACAGCACACCAGUAACAGCAUGAGCACUAACACCCCUCUGCAGCGCGUCAUGCAUUGUAACCCCCGGACAACAUCAAGGAGGCCAGGGAAACCAAACUAAACGCUUUCCCAGCUCUUUGCUUCUGAUGUUGUCCUGCUCUUUGUCACCGGUCUCGGUUCCCCUUCUCUCCUCCCUCCCUCCACUCAUGUCCGUUUGUGCGCCCACACCGCAUCCAGUCUGCUACGCUACCAUUUAUGUCACCAACGCCGCGGGCAGAGCGCAGCAGCGCUGUCUGUCAAGCAAGCAGUCGAUCUACUGAUGGGACUUUUCAGUCGUGUGCUACUUUACGUUGGGUGGCAACCUUCAGGUCAUCUCAAUGACAUAUUUCCACUUAUCUGUUUCUAUUUACACAUGGGAGAAAUAUUUGAGAGGUGUUCCCCUUCAAAUCAGUCUACUUGACUAAGAUUGUUCCCCUUUAAACUUUGAGAUGUGUCUCCUGCAGUGGUUCUGCCCGACUUCUCCUCAACAGAGAUAUGCUAGAUGGCAUCUUCAGCAGGAACAUAGCAAUGCAAAAUAAGUGUUUUUAAAAUGAAUGACGUUGUUACAGAUAAGCUUUUAUACAGGAUAAAAGCCCCCAUUAAGUCUACUCGCAUUUCUUUUAAUGGAAUUUAAUGUCCACGUAGCAUCUUUUUCUCCAGAAAACUAUUCAAUAUAUAUAGUGGUUGUAGUUGAUUACUAUAUUGUCCAUGUUACAUCCAAGUAGCAAAUAACAGUCUAAUUGAGCCAAAAGAAAGUAGCUCAGCAAAUGGUUCAUUUUGUUACAUGUUUUUUUUUCUUUUUACAGUAAAACGUGAAUGCUGAUUUGAUUUAAUAAUUUCCUUUAUAACGAAGCCGUACAUUCGCUCACCCAGGCUCAUGUACAGUUCAUUCAAUUUGUUGCCCAGAAAGGGCUGAUUAUUUAUUUAAAAAAUGGAGGGAAAACCACGGCAACAAUCUUAAAGGAUUGUGUUGAUCACUCUAACCUUUUAUUUAAUACUUUUAAGUAUAUAAUGAAGAACGUAUAUACUAAAGGUAUGUGUGUGUAUUUGGCAUUAACGUAAGGUGUUAAUGCAGAAUGAGUUCUACAGAAGGACAGGAACAGUAUUACGGAAGCUGGACUGGGUGUUACUGCAUUCUGUGUGUCUCAUUUCAAUUUUAUUUUGAGAGCACAAUAGGGUUAUGUUGAUGAUUACAGGGAGAGAGACGUGGGCCUCAGGAUUUAUGCACAUUAUAGGCAUAAGUGCAUACAUUUUUCAGGUUAAAUCCUCCAAUUUUAGUGCCUUUGUUUGAAAUAUUCCACACAAAAACGAAGAAGACCUGUUGCUCUUUUUAUGACUAAAGACAGCAUACUACCUUUUAAAGACUAGUUUUAUUUCGUAAUUUGAAAAAAAGUGUCAGGUGAGUUUUUAAUCAGAUGCACACAUUAAGUAGGCUUAAUGAGGGCUUUUCUUCACUGUACUUUGACCUAUUUUUACUCAAACAUUGUGUAACCUUGGUUUAAUUCAUGCCCUGCAUUUUAUCUUAAAGGCUUAUUUAUUCUUUCGGCGCUUGUACAGCAGUGCUCUUAAAUUUUCUUUUUUUUUUUAUAUAUCUGUAGUAUUAUCACCAAUUGUACUGUUACAAUGGAGUUAAAGUUUCCAUUUGACAUUGAGAUUCUGUUACAUACUUAUCUUAUGCAACAAAGGAGGAGAUGGUUGGAAAUGGUGCCGCGUUUGUCUGUAAGAAAACUGCAAGGCUCCGUUUACCUCCAGUAAUUUAAGGAAGUCAAUUUCUUCAACAAAUGUGUCCCGUUGGAAACAGACAUUUGUCUCAUGAACAAAAAGCACAUUUCUACACUUUUUACUGUUAACCUAGAAAAUAUCAUUAGUAUUUUUGAGCAACAGCAACAAAGGCUCAUAAGCUUUUAGGCAUGUACGUGUAAAUGCAAUAAAAAUGACGACAGCUCCAACGUUUGCUUUACUUAUCCUCGAUCAAAUUUGAUUCAUUUGCAGUGUGAAUUCAUUUGCAAAGUACUGGCGUAAUGUUUUGUCUAGUUCACAACUUGGUUCUGUCCAAAUGUUCUUGAAACCACUUGCCAUUAACAUCCAGCUGUAAGUUAUAUUACACAGAACUCUUUUAACCGUCCGUCCUCAUGAGUUAUUGGUUUGGUGAGAAAUCUGUAUAUAAUGGAACACAUCGACAUUGUGGUUGAUCUGUUUAAAAUCAAACCAGAGAACAUUUUCUGCUAUUUAAUAUCCCCGAGAGAAAUAAUUGUUUUGGUGUCAUCUUUUAUUCCCCAUCAAGUCAGCACCUGUAAUUUUCUGUUUUACGUGUGUAUAUACACUUAAUAUUACUGGUGAAUAAUUAGAUACUGGGGGGGCGAGGGGGGUUGUUACAGUAAUAUAAUAUAUAUACCUGAGAAAACCAGCUAGUUUUGUGACAUUGUUGGACCACAUUAAUGCCAAUUUCUUCACAAUAAAGAAGGAAAGGUCACACUUUGAUGUACUGUUCAUUGCUAUAACCCCAAAAAAUGUCCUUUCAUUCAUUUCUGAGGACAAAAUAAUGGACAUUACAAACAUGCCAAAACUAAAAAUGAGGACCCAGUUUUCCAGAGUGACUUCUACUACGCACAAGUGUGUUAAAGAGCUGAAGCAAACGACACAGGGCUGUUAACAGGUCAAAAUCAUAUCACUACGCACCCAAUGUUUUCGCAGUAUUUUUUUUUUUUACUCCUUGGAAAACCUUUCUUUACAUAUUGAAGUAGCAUUUGCCAAGUUUUAUAUUGCUUGUAUACAAACGCACUAUGUACAUACUCAAUGUGGCGGCGCUAGAGGAAGUGUGGGGCUCAUUUGAGAAUGAGAUCAUAAGACUCAUGUCAAGUGAGAUGGAUUUCAUGCAGCAUCCGUCCGAUCAGGACCUGUUGAUGAGAAGGUGCUUCCUACAGUGCAAAAUGUGGAAAUUACAUUGUAAAUAAAGCUUGUAUAAAACGGGCUGC